CAUUACCAUUUGUCUUGUUUAAAAGAAGAAGCUCCUUUGGAGAAGCUCAAAUGAAUUUCGCAAAAAUAUUCCCUGGUGCUAACUAUGGGCUCAUCCUUGAGUUGCUGUGGAAACGACAAGGUUGAUGAAGCGACAAACAUAACAGGUGGAGCUGGUAACAAUACAUGGAGGAUAUUCACAUACAAGGAGUUGCAUACAGCGACUAAUGGUUUUAGUGAGGAUAAUAAGCUUGGAGAAGGAGGCUUUGGAAGUGUCUACUGGGGUAGAACUUCUGAUGGUCUUCAGAUUGCGGUGAAAAAGUUGAAGGCAAUGAAUUCGAAAGCCGAAAUGGAAUUUGCUGUAGAAGUUGAAGUUCUUGGAAGGGUUCGGCACAAGAAUUUGCUAGGCCUUAGGGGCUAUUGUGCUGGCACUGAUCAACGGCUCAUAGUAUAUGAUUACAUGCCUAACCUCAGCUUGCUGUCUCAUCUCCAUGGUCAUCUUGCUGGGGACGUUCAGCUAGAUUGGAAGAAAAGGAUGAAGAUUGCCAUUGGGUCAGCAGAAGGCCUACUGUACUUGCACCAUGAGGUCACACCCCACAUCAUUCAUAGGGACAUAAAGGCAAGCAAUGUACUGCUGGAUUCAGAUUUUGAGCCUCUUGUUGCUGAUUUUGGUUUUGCGAAGCUAAUCCCAGAAGGAGUUAGCCACAUGACCACUCGUGUUAAAGGAACUUUAGGGUACCUAGCUCCUGAAUAUGCUAUGUGGGGUAAGGUAUCAGAGAGCUGUGAUGUGUACAGCUUUGGUAUUCUCUUGCUAGAAAUUGUCACAGGAAGGAAACCGAUAGAGAAGCUCCCUGGUGGUGUUAAAAGGACAGUAACAGAAUGGGCAGAACCAUUGAUAACCAAAGGGAAGUUCAAGGACCUUGCUGAUCCAAAACUUAGAGGCAAUUUUGAUGAAAACCAAUUCAAGCAAAGUAUUAAUGUUGCUGCCUUAUGUGUUCAAAGUGAGCCUGAAAACAGGCCUACCAUGAAGGUUGUUGUUAGCAUGCUAAAAGGGCAUGAUCCAAGAGGCAAGGUGAUGCAAACAAGAAUUAAAAGUGUCAAGUACAAGGAAGAGUUGCUGGAACUUGACCAGACUAGUGACGGUGAAAAUGAUGGUGGUGGUCUUGAGGAAAGUGAGUGUGGAGUUUUUGGUCCCAUGGAGGUGCAAAAAAUGCAAGACCCUUAUAUGCGUCGUGGAGAUGGCAAGAAAAUAGGAAAAAAAAUGUGAGAAAUGAGUUAGUACAUGUAUGCUCCUUGUCAGCAUGAACAAGUAAAAUUCCAUGGCAAGAGAUAAGGAAUGGUGUAGUGAAGUUGCUACUGUUAAAAUGUAUUUAUAAUUGACACUUUUAAUCCUUGUUCGCUUCUUCUUGUUU